AUGGCCGACCAGAAAGAGCCGUCGUCUUUGUUUUCUUUGGCUUCGGUAGAUUGUCCAUUGAAUGGAUCAUCCAAAAUUUCACAGAUAUUGGGGAAUAUGAUUGCCCCUGACUCGCCUGAAUCAUGGUCCCGGCUUGAUCCAAGCCGAUGGCUAUCCUUCCGUCAGGUUGAGCAGCUUCAUGUCACGGGAUUUGGCACAAUUGAUGGGCGGGGCGAGGGUAUGUGGAACCAGUCAUGCCGGUAUCAUCCUCACCUGCAGCUGACUGACAAGACAUUCUAUAUUGUUGCACUGGGUGCUUGUUCAGGAAGGAUGCACUUCCCUGGCACCAACUGUGAUGAUUGUGUAUCUAUUGGAGACUACACGUCGAAUAUUCACAUCUCAUCUUCAAUAUGCGGGCCUGGUCAUGGAGUGAGCAUAGGAAGCUUAGGUCGAUCAGGGAAUGUUGUCCAGGUAGAGGACAUUCACGUUGGCACAGGUUAUGUCCGAAGAGUCACAUUUGAAGAUAUCAAGCUCGACUCCGUGCAAAACCCGAUAAUCAUCAAUCAGAGCUGUUGUCAAACGAGAGGCGCCUGUGAGGAAAAGCAUUCGGGAGUUCACAUAAGCAACGUGACCUAUAAUGACCUGUCAGGAACAUCAAGCACAAAUGUGGCAAUCAAUUUCAACCGCAGCAGAUCAAUUGCGUGCACGGGGAUAGUGCUGAAAUCGAUAAACUUGACAUCUGCUAAGCCCAGGGGACGAGUCACCUCGAGCUGCACUAAUGCUUAUGGAAAUGUCAUUGGAGGGGUUCAACCCAAGCCUUGUCUUCUUGUGGCAAAAAUCACGGCGUGA